GCAGCGUUCACAUCUCUGUGGUCUCAUGAACUCCUGAAGCGUUUCUUUAACCCAGCAUCUCUCACAACUGCUAAAUAUUCAGCGUUUUUGUCAUUAGUAUAGUCAAAUAAACACAGAGAGGAGUUGAAGCUCGUAUGAAGUCCUGGAGAAUUCAAAUGAUCUCCCAGAAGAGCAUUGUAUUGAUCAGAGAUUUACCAGGCGUCCUGAUUUGACGUCUGAAGCGAGUCUCGUGAGGACACAUCAGAAAACUUUCAUACUUCCUGUGUGGCCGUUUCUCUCGCCUGAGUCUGAAGAAACUUCAGAACCGAAUCACAACUCAAUCAAGCAGACACGUCUUCAUCGAUGAUUGUAAUCUAAAAUGCCCCGAUCAUUUUUAGUGAAAAGCAAGAGGGCGGGGCAUCACUCCACACGUUCCGCCCACUCUCAGCGUCAUGACGGAUGGGCAUCUAACAGUUGCUCCCAGGCUCUGGAGCUGCUGCCCUGUACAUCCACCAACAGCAGCUGGACCGAUAACAGCCCUGAUGGAGCUGGAGCUGAACCCACAGCAGUGAAGCAGCCUGGUGUUUAUUCGUCUGACCUGUCGUCUUCUGCUGCGGUGGAGAGACAGACCGAUCUUGAGCGUCUGAUUCAGGCUUUACUCAGUCACCAUCAGCUGACCAAUGUCCAGACGCCGCUGUGUGAGUGUCCACUCUGUGAGAAGCUCCUGUCCUCUGCUGUGGGUUUGACGUCUCACUUGUGCAAGUCACAUGUCCACAAGGCUGCUCUCCCAUUGGCUGGCACCACGAGCCACGCGCAGCAGCACUAUGGGUACAGACCUACAGGAAUCAGGGUAAGGGAGCGGAGUUUUGGCUGUAAGGUUUGUGGGAAGGUAUUUAAGAGGUCGUCGACUCUCUCCACACACCUGCUCAUUCACUCGGACACGCGGCCGUUCCCGUGUCCCUACUGCGGAAAGAGAUUCCACCAGAAAUCUGAUAUGAAGAAACAUACGUUUAUACACACUGGUGAGAAGCCUCAUGUGUGCGUGGUGUGCGGUAAAGCAUUCAGUCAGAGCUCCAAUCUGAUCACACACAGCAGGAAGCACAGCAGCUACCAGCCAUUCAGCUGUCCGCACUGCUCGCUCGGCUUCCAGAGGAGAAUGGACCUACAGCGACACCUACAGACACACUCAGAGAAUGACAGCUUACUGUAUCACGGGACCUGAGAGAGACCGGCUGUAUACAAAACACCUUGCAGGGAUCAUAUAUUUUUGUCUGCUAAAGUUCAAUGUCUAAUGUUGUUUUAGCCUACAAAACUUUUUCUUCUGUCUAACUGUACAUGUUGUUGCACUGUGUUUAAGACCUGUUACAAUUGGCUCUUCGUGGCUCUUACGAUAUAAUUAGUUGUGGUUGACAGUUAUACGUAAUAUGUCCAUUGAUCUUAAUUAUAUACUAAAUAAUUCCAGUUUGGUAACAUAUAUAUAUAUAUAAAAUUUAACACAAAAACUUCUGAAUGUAUAAUAAAACAUGUAUUUCAGUA